UGACAACUUCAUCUUUCCUGCACAUUUAUAGAAGCAUUACUUAUUUUAACCUACAUGCUGUCCUUUUCCAUGAAAACACCUCCAUCAUGACUUGCAGUGCAGUACUUUAGAGAAAAGGACACUAAAUGGGUCCUAAACAAAUUUUUGUGAUGCAAAAUUUGACAAGGUUUUUUUUUUUUUUUUUUUUUUUCAUGUGAUAUUUAGUCUGGAUGGCUGGCCAUUGGUCUUGAAAGUUGGGUAGCCCUGCAGAAGUUUAAGUACAUCAGUAAGUGUUUUUAAGUGAGUUGUUAAUGUAUAAUCGAUAAACUGCACAAUUGGGCAAUUUUAAAAAUAACACCUGUAUAUACCUGUUUAUGUUCAGCAGAAUAUUUCAUAAAUGGUACUAAAUUGUGGCAUUGCUGAGUUUUACAGUCACACCUUAUGAGUGCAAUGUCUUUGGUGCAGGUUUUCACAUCAGUGGUCAGAGCUAUUAAAGGGUAGUUAAAGGGAUAGUGUGAAAUUUGUCACGAAUUACUCACCCUCAUUUUGUUCCAAACCCCUUUGACUUUCGUCUGUAGAAUACAAAAGAUGUUAAGCAAAAUUUUAGUCCCAGUCACUGUUCACUUUCAUUGCAUAAUUUUACCAUACGAUGAAAGUGAAUGGUGACUCAGGAACAAAAAGUUAGUUAGCGAAGGGAAAACCAGGUUCAGGUGGGGGAGCCAGUUACCAACUGGCUAAACAGCAUGAACCUAAUGCCAAUAUUAGUUAGCUAUGUUUAAACAAGUCAUGUAUUAUGCAACUUGUUUGGUAAGCAAUUUUUAAAACUAAAGGGGAAUCGAGCUAAAAUUAAAGGUGAAAAAUGAAGAAAGAAAAAAGCUUGGGAGAAACCAGGCUUAGCUGGGGUAGUCAGUUCCAUUUUGGCUAAAAAGCAUGAACCUAAUAUAGAAUUGGUCAUGUGGCUAUGUGUAAACAAGUCAUGUAUUAAUCGAGUAGAUUAAAUGAUUGGUAGGCAUUGUUUAAAACUAAAGGGUAUCAGUUGAACUGUAAGAUUAUGAUUUUCAUCCCAAAGUGACUGCGGGGGUGCAGGUAGAUGCAGCGUACUCUGGUUUUUGGCUGACAAAGGCUUUAGAUGGCAGUAACCUAAUGUCUAUAUAUUCCAUUUUAAGAGAACAAAGUUAUACAAACCAUGGACAGUGAAGUGUUUACUGCCUGACAUCUUUUGUGCUCAUUAAAGGAAAGAAAAUCAUAUGGGCUUGGAAAGUAUAUUUUUGAGUUAAUGAUCUCUUUAAGAAGUGUAAGAUCAUACCAUAUGUCUCCUUGGACACUUGAAGACUGGCUCAUACUGCUGUAGGUCUUUCUAGCUAUUGAAAUACCCUGGCACCCAAGGGACAGCAGUAACUGCAAAACUUCAGAACUGGGAAGAAAAAAUAAUUUAGAUCAAUCCAGUUCAAACCAUUUGCCAGUUCACCUAAUUUUCUCACACCAGUUUUUUCAAAUAUGCGGGUAUUUCUUGUGUUACAUAAUUGUUUUUAACACAUUAUAGUAUGGUAUAAAUUGUCAGCAAUACCAAUCAUUGGAAGCUCCAGGCAGAAUAUAUUUGUUGGCUGCAUUGAAUUUGGGGAUUUUCUCAGUGUGUGUUUGACUGUAAAUGGUUACUCCAUUGAAUGGCAAGUUUAAGUCCAAAGCCACAAACGCUCAGAGAGGCCAUGUAAUAAUUUUUAUGUAUACAUGUAGUUGGAGUUGGACAAACUGGCAUAUUUUCAUGGUAUGAUGAUUUUCAUACCAAGAAUUGUGUAUUUGCUAAGCAAUGUAUUUGGAUUGCCCAGGUCAGUAUUAUAAGGAUGAGGCUAGGUGUUGAGCCAUCAGUAUCUCCAGCCUGAUUGUCAUAGCAAAACUGCUCCACCUUUUUGAAACAAGGAGUUUGCAUUUUCCACUCAUAAGGGAAAAUAUAUAUUUUUUUCUUUGUGGAUCGUUUUUCAUAUUAAACUGUAAGUGCUGCAUCACAUUGUCCUCCCCAGUUUUUGUAAAAAAAAUUUUUUUAUUUUUUUUCCCCACAUUUAAGCCUUUUAGUUUCUGUUGACAUUGAUAUAGCUAUUUUUGAUUACAUGACUCUUUAACAAUGUAAUUAACUAUGAUUUGUCCAUGAUCAAGAGGGACAAUUUGUAGUUCUCUCACAUUCAGAAUAUUCAUUGUCUCCCUGCAUUAUUUCCAUCACAUUCUCUGUCCAGGCGUAGCCUAAAAGUUUGGACGGAAGUCUGCUGAUUCAACAAUUGAAUGAUGUCAAAGGAUGAUGACAGGGUUUAUAUAGGCCUUCUUGAUCCUUCAUUAAGUAAUAGUAAGUUGUAUUUACAUGAAUGGCUGUUUAUGCUAUCGCUCAUUUUAACACACAUUUGUGCAUUCGGUAACACUAAUUAAUGUGUCUGUCUGUGACGGUGCAUGAGUUUAUGUCUGCCUGCCAGUCUGUGCAUGUACAUACAGUGCGAUACGAAAUGUGGAUUGGAGACUGCAGUCGGUAUUCCGGAGGUCUGCCCCAAAUGUGCUUGGCAUGCCUGCCCUGAUCUGAAGGCUGCUAGAGAUGCAAUAAUUCGAAGUGGGUGACAAAAGUGGGGAAGCACCAAGUGGUCUAUCUCUAGAAAUCUACCUCCAUCUUUAAUUCCAGGACAUUCAGGCAGGUAAAAAAAUGUUUUUAUAGUAUGUUAUUAAGUUAUGUAAUGUUAGUAAGUUCAUAACAAUUGUUGUAAAUGAAUGGUUUAAAAAGACAUACUCUUUGCUCACCAACAAAUUGUUAUUGACUUACAUUGACUUUCAAUCCUAAAGGCAUAGUUUCCAGAGGGUUCAUUUAUAUGUCCAUCAUGUUAUUUAUAUAAGAUUUUAUAUAAAAUAUUUUACAUUGUGAAACAGUGGUGUCCCUGGCUCUUUAUUUCUGGUGGAACAUAAUCAAUCAGUUGUUAAACCCUCUAUUAGGGGACAUACAAGCUUCCUUAGUCAUUUCGAAUCAAGCAAAUAUGCAUUAAAAACAUCCAUAUUGAUUGGCCUAAGGCAGUGGAUAUUAUCUCACACAACUCACAUGAAUGACAGUAUAACAAAACUAAUCACAAACUAAAGAUACACAGACAGGCCAGCCCCAAGCUGACCACAUGAGAACAAUAACAUAGCUUCAACAUAACAGAUCUUGUUAUAUUGCAAAUCCAUUGCAGGUGCCAUUUGUAAGGGAGGUACAACAAGUUCAAUAUGCGGAAAAAUAAAUGAAUAAAUAAAUAUUCCUUAAAAUUAAUCCUUAUCAUGCAAUAUAUUAACAUGAAUUUACAUUCUCUUAACAGAUUUAUGGGCAUGUGAUUCCAGUUCAUAGUGGUAUAAAAGUGGUAAUAAGUUUAUCUGUUAAUUAGUUUCAUACGUUUAAAAUAAUAAUUAUUCUAAACUGAGAGAUUAUCCACGUUUCAACACAAGCAACAGUUUAAAUUCCAAACACUAGCUGUCAUUUUUUCUGGUGGAGGUGGAGUCUAGGUUUGCACUUACUCUACCCUGUGUAAAAGGCUUGGUAAUAUCGUGAAUUAACAGUUUAGGGAGGUCACACAUUGUCCUGUGAAUGGAUAAACAUUUUUUUUAAAUUUAUUUUAAAAUAAACAAAUUAAUUUAUAAAGCACUUUUCAGACCUGCCAGAGAUUUUUGACAUAAAGCCUUAAACAGACAUGGACACUCACGGGAAACAAGGUGACGUUUACCUACAGCACCAGAGAUGUGGUGAGAAGUGGAAGCGGUAUUGGCUGGCCCUUCAUCCAGCUAGUCGGCAUGGCGUGGCACGGUUAGAAUUGUCAGAGGCUGCUAAGGAACGUUCAGCUGUGGUGGUCAGACGGCAUCCAGAGAGAAAAGUUGUCCGUCUGGACGACUGUGUGACUGUCGUCAAGCUGCCUCCUCAUGCAGAGGCUUGUCCAGGGGAAAACAUGGCUGCCUUUUGUGUGGAGACAGAAGACAAGAGGCUGGUGUUUGCAGCAGAGAAGGAAAGCUGUGGAGAAUGGGUGAAGUUAAUAUGUAACAUUGCCUUUCAGAAACACAGUAAUAGUGGCACACACUGGGCCCCUCGCAUGGAGGACAAUCAGAUCUACAUGUCCAGAGAACAACUGUGCAAGUUCAAAGUGGUUGUGUUGCAGACUGAGGCAUCAGUUGGUUGUGGCCUGAAAGGACAGUACUGGCUGCAAGCUGAUGAGGACAUGUUGGUGCUUCAAGAUCUGGAGACCAAGAAGACAGUUUUGGAGUGGCCAUAUAAGCUGCUACGCCGCUAUGGACGAGAUAAGAUGCUGUUUUCAAUAGAGGCUGGAAGACGCUGCGAGUCAGGCCCAGGAACCUUUAUUUUUGAGACCAGGCAGAGUGAAGAGAUACUCCGUCUUACUGAGUCAGCCAUUUGCCAAAAGAAGAGCCUCACUGUUACUGGAGGCAGGAACUCACCACAUUCUCCACGUUCUCGUUCUCCUCGCUCACCCUUGCCCAAAUGCCCUGAAAGCUUCACUGUGCUAGAUGCUGAGAGCAAUAACAGCCCUGAUCGCGAGAGUGUGUACUCUAAUCAAGCUGAGACUCUUGUUACAAACAUUCAUGCUUUGUCAAAUCCUGUAAAUAUGGAACCUACAAAUCCAAUUGGCUUAACUGAAUCUUUGUAUGUAAAAUCUGCAGAUUCUUUAAGCUCCUCUAAAAGCACACACUCAGUUCCUGUUGGCAGCGCUAACUUGAUUGAGCCUGUGUAUUCAAAUCCUGCUGAUUUAAUUGCCGGACAUGAAUCUGUGUAUGCACAGCCAGCAGAUGCCAUCGUAUCCUAUCAUACUGUAAAGCUAGACCAAUCUGGGCUACAGUCUGGCAUUCCGUCUUAUCAUGAAUCAGAACCAGUGUAUUCUGACCCUGCUGAUGUUAUCCGCUUCUGCCCUAAACCUAACAGUUGUGUCCAUGUCAGCCAACCUCCAACCUUCAACAAUCACAAGCAACAAGAGCCUGUGUACUCUGAGGUGUAUAAUGUCACACAAAACUCAAGUAAAAAACUAGCCCAAAACAUUGAGGAGCCGGUUUAUAGUGUACCGGAGUUUGUUACAUCCCGAAAAGCUGUUCAGGAAAACGAAGAUGAUAACUCUGAACAAAACAAAAUGCCUGAGGAGAUCACAGCCAUCUACAGCAAAGUUAUGAAACCACCAAAAACUACUCAACCUCUGCAAGAAAAAAAACAAAGACAAACACCAGAGAUUGUCUGUGAGGACCUUGGAAUGAUUUAGACUUCAUCUUCACAAACUUCUAGCUCUUAAAUGUCCCACUUUUUUCAUAUUUGAAAUAUUAUUAUUAUUAUUAUUAUUAUUCACUGAUUUUAUUAAUUUAUUCAUCCAUUCUCCCAGAUGUAGUGGAAUACUGACUGAAAAUAAAAGACUUUGUCGUUUUCCAUUAACUGAUGCACACCAUAAUGUUUGAUGUAUUAUGGGUGUUUAAAAAUUGUUUGGUAUUUUUGUUUUUAUGCAAAACAUUAAAAUCUUUUCUUUUUCAUACUUUGAGUUUAAUAAGCUCAACGAUGUAUUUUAUUACUGUUCUGUUGUAACACAGCAAAAUUAACCCUUAAAGGAAUAGUUCGCCCAAAUAUGAAAAUGCUCUCAUCAUUUACUCACCCUCAUGCCAUCCCAGAUGUGUAUGACUUUCUUUUUUCUGCAGAACACAAAUUAUGAUUUAUAGAAGAAUAUUUCAGCUCUGUUGGUCCAUACAAUGCAAAUUAAUGGUGGCCAGAAUUUUAAAUCUCCAAAGAGCACAGAAAGGCAGCGAAAAAGUAAUCCAUACAACUCAAGUGAUUAAAUCCAUGUCUUCUAAAUUGAUAUGAUAGGUGUGGGUGAGAAACAGAUCAAUAUUUAAGUUCUUUUUUACUAUAAAUCUCCACCUUUGACCAGCCCCAACCAGUAGAUGGCGAUAUGCAUGAAUAAUAAUUAAAAAAAAAAAAACAGAAGAAGAAUAUGAAAAGUGGAGAUUUAUAGUAAAAAAGGAAUUGAAUAUAGAUUUUUUCUCACCCACACCUAUCAUAUCACUUCAGAAGACAAGGAUUAAUGCACUGUAGAUGUAUGGAUUACUUUUAUGCUGCCUUUAUUUGAUUUUGGAGAUUCAAAGUUCUGUCCACCAUUCUCUUGCAUUGUGAGGACCUGCAGAACUUAGACCUUCUCAAAAUCUUCAUUUCUGUUCUAAAGAAAAAGAAAAUUAUACACAUCCGGGGACGGCAUGAGGGUGAGUAAAUGACGAGAGCAUUUUCAUUUUGGGGUGAACAAAAUUGUAAAUUUUAAUUAUUCAAUCACAAAUUUUUUUUACUUUAAAACAUGAAUAUAAUCAUUCCCACUCUCUUUUCCCCAAAAUGUUUGAAAGUUCUGGCAAAUACCCAUUGCAAACGUGCAAAUAUAUCACAUGCAAAUGAGCUUUGUGGCAAACUCUUCAUUGUUGCCACAGGUUUGCCAUAGAGGUGUUUGCCAGUAGCGGCAAAUUGGCCAUUGUUGCUGCAGGAUUUGCUACAGAUUCACCACUACUGGUGAAGAGCUGCAAAUUUAUGGCAAUAAUUUUGCUCAUUUGCAGCAUGUUUGCCAGAACUCUAGAUUUUUGUAAGGAUAUUAUAUAGAGUAUUGAA